UAGCGUGAGAGAAACAUGAAUCGUGGAAACGUACGACUUUUACUUUUAAUCGUUAUCGCGUUAUCCGUUAACGGAACAAAAAUGAAAAAUGUCUGGCCAUCGUUAAUGGUGAACGAAGAUGAGAGUAAACUGGACAAUUUCUCAUACGUUGUUAACGACAGAGGUCAAUCGUGCAUUUUGGCAAACAUGUCGAUUAAUUUCGCGAUGGAAAAUAAAACUUUCAAUGUUCCAAAUAAUGCUACGGUGCAUGGCCAUUGUUCAUCCGUAGUAUCUGAAAUGACAUUGAGUUGGAAACAUGAAAAAACCGAUAAAAAUAACACGAUUAAAUUUACGUUCAUCAAUGAUCACACCAAUUUCACGGUUUUCUCAAUCGAGCUUAAUAUUUAUAAGGACAAAGACAAUUUUCCAAAUGACGGAGAUAAAUGGUUUGCAGCAAAAUCAGAUUUGGACCUCCACUUAUUCCCUGCAUUCUCGAGGAACGGAACUCAUAAGUGCGACGAAGAAACAAAAGUGAAAUUGAAUGGCGUUGAAUUAAUUGUGAAAAACGUUAUAUUGAUCGCGUUCAAUAACAAAAACGAUAUUUCCUCGCGUAAAGAAGUGACAAAGUGCAUAAAAGACGGUGACAAAACUUUCCCUUACGUUGCAAAAUGGAAGAAUAAGACAAUUUGCGGCCUGUUCAGAACGUCGGUUACUGUACAGAUGUCGUAUAUGACAAAGGAUUUGAAGGUAAAAAAAAAAAAUAUAACAGUUCCAACGAGAACUAACGCAAUAGAAUCUUGCACGACCGACACAUUUUACGCACAAUUAGUUUGGAGCUCGAAAGAAUCGAACGAAUCGAAAAAUUCAAUUUUCUUUUAUUUUUCCAAAUUAGAGAAAAAUUUGCUUCGUCACGUAAUAAUCAACAUUUUUAUGGAUAAAGAAAAUUUCCCGAAUGCUAUAAAUGCAGAUAAAAAUGUAACAGCUAUGAAGUCAACUGAUUUGUUCCCCACACCCUUAAACGGAAUUUAUAGUUGCACGGAAGAAAUGGCAAUAACGACGGGAAACGACGUGAACGUUACGAUAAACGAUAUUCUGUUGAUCCCAUUCGACGUGGAAAAUAAUUUAAUGUCGAGAAAGGUGGCUGAUUGUAAAAUCAACAUCUCUGAAUACGAUUUUGACUACGUUGUACGGAACAAAGAAACAAAUAUACCUUGUAUUUUGGCGAGCAUGAACAUAUCAAUUGAUACGAAUAAUUCGGAAAAUGAAGAUGCGAUAAUUGUCCCGUCUGAAAUUAAUUCAAAUGGAAAUUGCGACGCUAAGAGGUCUGAAAUGGAGCUAUUCUGGACAAAAAAAUCGAAGGAAGGGAAGAAUUUGACGGAUAAUGUUAUAUUUUAUAUCGCUCGCGAUAAAACUGGUUUCUUCGUUUAUCAAAUAGAGGCCAAUAUUUACGGGGGUAAGUUACACAAAAUGUCAGACUUCGGCCUCGAUCUGUUUUCAACAUCCGGGAUUUACAAUUGCACGGAUCAUAAUUGGGGGAUAAAGCUCGAAGACAUCGUGCUUAACAUAAACAACGUCCUUUUCACCGCAUUCAACACCGAUGAAAAUCUUAAUUCGAAAAUAGUGACAGAUUGUUCGACGAAUCCAGAAUCCACAACAACUGAAACAAAACCGACAACCGAAGAAUCACCGACAACACUCGAACCAGAUCCCUACGCGACCGAGUUUAAUUACGUGGUGAUAAACGAGAAAACACACGUGGCUUGUAUCGCAGCAAAGAUGACGAUUUUUAUGAAAAUACCUUACGAGACGAAAGAAUCUCGAACGAACGAAACGAUUUUAACGAUACCGGCGAAUAGCGCGGUAUCCGGAAAUUGUGGAAACAUAAGUUCGAUGAAGUUAACCUGGCUGGAAAAAUCAGAAUCGUAUAACGCGUACGCGUCUCGUGAUUCAAUGUACGAGAACAAGAAAAAUAAUUCGUUUGCGAUUAAUUUUCAAAAGGAUCAAUCAAAGUAUUUCGUCCAAUCCAUCGCGUUGGACAUUUACUUGGAUAAAACAAAUUUUCCCGAUUCUAAGGAAGAGAGAUACACCGCCGUCGAAAAUAUCGAAAUACUUUCCGCUCCUUUGAACAAUCUCUACAAAUGCGACGAAAACAUCUCUUUAUCAGUACCUGUGCACAAUGUUAAAAGUAAUAUCGACGUGACCAUCGCUAACGCCACUUUGAUCGCGUUCAACAGCAAGAAGAAGGUGGCCACGAGUUCGGUAAUGUGUAUUCAGGAUUCAAGUUCUAACGUUGGAUUAAUAAUAGGAUGUAUCAUCGGAGGUAUUAUGAUCCUCGGUAUAUCCGGCUUGUUGAUGUAUCUAUAUUUCUUCGAAUGUUUUUCGUGUUCUAAUUUCUCGAGGUCGCGAUAAUACGAGUCGU